CUUCGUUUCAAGCUGCGAACCUGGUCCUGCUGGCUCAAGGCGCGGGUUGGGGCUCCGGCUGGCGCUGGAGCCGGGAGAAGCAGCGGCCUACGGGCUGGCACUGCAAUCUUGAGGACGAAGUUCAAGGUUCUGAUAAGGAUUUUGGACCUGGAUUUCGACUGCCGCUAAGCCACAGUCUGAGCGAGUCCGAAUCCCGAGUCAAGGGCUUGGAAGCAGCAGAGAAGCAGCGCAAGAUGGAUGGACGGGGUGGAGACUGGCAGCAAGAGGUGCCGUGCGCGAGGCUGCGAGUUGCAGGAGACGGGAAUGUGGGUCGGUUCCGUGGCGAAGCCGCCGAUAUGGGCCCGGCACAAGUUCGUGGACCGGCGCAAGGAUGGGGGGGAAACGCUCCGAGGGCUGGGCGCUAUCUGAUCAGAUGGAUCAUUAUCGCGGCUGCAUCAAGGCUGAGCGUCGUCGAAUGGCUGUCGGUGCUGUAUUGCGAUACUGUAUCAAUGUCAACUCGCUUCAUCCGUCGUGAUUCGAGGACUUGUGCUGUCUCCGUCCGAUGGCCAGCCCUGAACCCUGAGAUCCGAUGGCAACUGCAACAAUCCCUCAAUCCAGACACCGAGCACCAAUUGAUUCCCUGGUCGCUCUCGUCUCCGUUUCCUCGCCAAACUCCGUGCCCAGGAAAAAAGAACGACGAAAAAAAAAAGCCCGUCACCAGAAAUGAUGCCACAAUCUGGACGUCAAACCAACCAACGCGGCCGCCAAGCAACUACCGCCGCCAGCCCCCCCAGUCCAGCGCUGAUGCACAGCGCCAGUGCGGGCCCUUCAGGGCGUCGGGGCGUGGGGAUUUUGCGGGCUGGGGCACCACCUCGCCUAGGCGGCAGCAGCUGGCGGCCACUAGAAGCCCUGAAGCCACUGCUGGCGGAGCGCCGUGGACCGAUUCUGCCGCUUCAAAGGCGGUGUUGGCUCCAGCCUGUGAUUUUAGCAGAGUCUUGGCCAAACUGGCGAUCCCGUCUUUGCCUUCUUCCUUUUUCUGUUUUCUUCCGCCGUCUUCUGCUAUGCUCUGCUAUGCCGUGCUUUGUUGUUGUCUCGCCCUCCCGGCUGCUUUCGAUCAAAACAGAGCCCCGAAUGGAAUUGGCCGUUCCGGUUUGCCGGAACCGUCGUCGAAUGCAGUUGCUUCCGUUCCACGACUCUCCCUGUUCUUCCCUUGCCCUGUCUCACCCGCCUCGUGA